CACACUAUUAAAAAAAACAAUAAAAAAAACGUUACGAGCAUUUUCUCUCUCUCCCUUUUUUUUUUUAUUGUUACAGUCUAAGAAAGCAAUGCCUUCUACACUUGAUUCUCUUGUUUACAAAUAUCUCAUUGAAAAUGGGCAAACUGAGGCUGCUAAAAUUUUAAAAGAGAAAAACCCUUCUAUUGAUAAAGUGAAGACAAAGAAAAAUUUAGCUACCAUUUUUGAACAAUUUCAAUCCAAGUAAGGAUAUAUAUAUAUAUGUGUGUGUGUGUGUGGAAGUAGUGUUUUUUAACUAUUUUAUAUAGAAAUGAAUCAAGUAGUGACAGUUCAUCUGAUGAAGAGAAGGAUGUUGAAAUGAAGGAUUCAUCAGAUAAUGAUGAUGAUUCUUCUAGCAGUUCUUCUAGCAGUUCUUCCGAUAGCUCUUCCGAUAGC